CGCGGGGGCGGGACGGCCCGCCCCGGAGUCCAGAAGCCGAGUCCCCGCGGCGCCGGGCUCAGUGUCCCGGGAGCUCCCCGCCGGCCCUUCCCGUGCAGCCAUGUCCUGCUACAUCUACCAGCUGCCCUCCUGGGUGCUGGACGACCUGUGCCGCAACAUGGACACGCUCAGCGAGUGGGACUGGAUGCAUUUCGCCUCCUACGUGAUCACGGACCUGACGCAGCUGCGGAAGAUCAAGUCCAUGGAGCGGGUGCAGGGCGUGAGCAUCACCCGCGAGCUGCUGUGGUGGUGGGGGAUGCGCCAGGCCACCGUCCAGCAGCUGCUGGACCUGCUGUGCCACCUGGAGCUGUACCGCGCGGCCCAGAUCAUCCUCAACUGGAAGCCAGUGCCUGAAAUCAGGCCUUCUCCCCCAGACUUCCCAGGAGCCGAGAAGCCAACCAGGCCCUGGGCAGCGUCUGUAAGAAGCACGGAGGACGGACAGAAGAAGGGGCAGCUCGUGGGGCCAGCUGCCUUGCCGGGCCCAGGGCCUGCUCCAGCCGGAGCCAGCCUCCCGCCUCCUCCCGAAGAUGCCGCUGCUUCCUUAAAAACAGACCUUCCUGCUUCACCCGAUCCAAAGGAUGUCAGCACCUCCAUUCCUAGGCAAGAAACCCUCCUGAGCCUGGCUGUGGACAGCCUUUUCUGGAACCAGGUGGACGUAGUUCACGCAACCGACAACUUCAACCAAACCCACAAAAUCAGCGAGGGGACCUUUGCUGACGUCUACAGAGGACAGAGGCAGGGCACCCCAUUCGUCUUUAAGAAGCUCCGAGAGAUGGCCUGCUCAGGUCCAGGAUCAAUUGAAAAUUUCUUCCAAGCAGAGAUACGAAUCUGUCACAGAUGCUGCCACCCCAAUGUCUUACCUCUGCUGGGCGUCUGCACUGGAAAACAGUUUUACAGCUUGAUCUACCCCUACAUGGCAAAUGGUUCUUUACAGGACAGGCUCCGGUGCCAGGGCGGCUCAGACCCCCUCCUCUGGCCCCAGCGCGUCAGCAUCGUCUCAGGGCUGCUUCGCGCCGUGGAGCACCUGCACAACCUGGACAUCAUCCACAGCAACAUCAAGAGCUCCAAUGUUUUGCUGGAUCAAAACUUCACCCCCAUGCUGGCUCACCCAAAGGCUCCCCCGUGUCCUGACAGUAAAAGGUCAAAGUACACCAGGAUGAAGACCUGUGUGUUCCAGGCCUCGGCUGCAUACCUGCCGGAAGAUUUCAUCAAAGUGGGGCAGCUGACGAAGCGCGUGGACGUCUUCAGCUGUGGAGUAGUGUUAGCUGAGGUCCUCACUGGCAUCCCUGCGAUGGAGACCGACCGGAGCCCAGUUUACCUGAAGGAUUUACUCCUCCACGAAAUUCCGAGCAGCAGCAGGAGGACGGGCGUGGAGAAGGUGAUGGCGAAGGAGAUCUGCCAGAAAUACCUGGAGAGGAGGGCGGGGGCUCUGCCCGAAGACUGUGCGGCGGCGCUGGCCACGGCCGCCUGCCUCUGCCUGCGGAGGCGGCAUGCCAGCCUGGCCGAGGUGUGUGGCUCGGUGGCUGCUGUGGAAGCGCGGCUCAGAGGUCAGGAGACGUCGCUCCCUUGUGGCGGGCUCUCUGAGGGCACAGGCUCUUCCUCCAACAUUCCAGAAGAGACGGACGAUGUGGACAAUUCUAGCCUCGAUGCCUCCUCCUCCUUGAGGACAGCACCCCGGUCUGGGGUUUCUGCUUCGCCUGCCCCCACAGAGGACGAGGAAGGCAGGGUGCAGGCCAGCGGGGGAAUGCGGGCUGACUCCUCCUCUGAGGCCUGUGCCAGUCCAGAGCCUCCCCAGGCUGAGACUUCGUGGAAAAUCGAGAUCAAUGAGGCCAAAAGGAAGCUGAUGGAGAACAUCCUGCUCUACAAGGAGGAGAAACUGGACAGCAUCGAGCUUUUCGGCCCCUGAUCGCCAGAACACAGCCGAGGACCCUUGUCCUCUCUUGGAAAGACAACUGUCAAAUCAAGAAAAAAGAUCCUGGGGCGAAAUCCAAGGUCUCCCAGGGAAUACAAACCAAACCCCAGCCAACCUGGGGGCAAGGAAACCUCCACUGUCUGGAGUGAGUGAGGGGAGACGGGACCGCAGCUUCCAGAGAAAGCAGCAUCCACGGAGCCCCUUCCAUCGGGAUCUGUUUCAUCAGGAGAGGAAAGCACAAACCCUGUACGUGGGCCCAGGAUGGGGGCAGGUUCGUGGUUCUGACGUCAGUGCCCCAGCAGAUGCCGUUACCCAGUUCUCCCCCCUCAGCACCUGACAGAGCGUUCUGAACGCGGAAGACACUUUCCAGAGUUAUAACCUCUGGGUCCUAUCUGCCGACGGCCGCCUGCACACUUCCGUGCCCGGAAAGAUGUCCGCCUUGUGUCCCAGUGCAGGUCUUGACUCAUGUCUCGAGGUCUCGAGUGUGACAAAGGCCGGACACCUGGCAAAGGGCUUCGUGGGUUUUCUGCUUUCUUUUUUGUAAGUCUUGCAACCCACGUAUAUUUAUUUAAUGUCUGUCUACAUCUUUAUCCUCCUGUCCCACUAAUGCUAACAUUUCCAAUGGAGCUUUUAUUUUGAAAAUAUGUGUUAUUUAUAGCUGGAUAAAAAAAUCAGAAGAACUGGUUUCAUUCUGAUUCUGCUGCUAAUUACGUCAAUCAUGUCAUUUCUGGAACCUCGGUUUCCUUGUCAGUAAUACCUGUUCAUUCUCCCUCCCUUGGGCUGUUGGGAAGAAUAGGUCAGACAUAGCUAUAGAAGUACUUUGAAAAUGCACUUGUCCUGUUUUAUAAAAUAAAGACAU